AUGACAUGGGAUGAGUUUAAGGCACCGUUCCUUAAACAUCACAGUCCCAAAGCGGUUAUUAACAGGAUCAAGGAAGAAUUUAUCCAGUUGAGGAAAAAGGGUGAAUCAAUUGACAAAAUCACGGGUAUCUUCCUCGACAAACUGAGAUUCUGUAUUGAGUUACUGACGACUGAAGAGCAGAGAAUAUAUUACUACUAUAACAUGCUGAGUGCCGAAUAUCAGGAGUUCAUGACUCCCUCAAAAUACGAGACUCUCACCGAGAUAAUAAACACUGCUCCGGAACGAGAGAUUGAGCUGAAAAAGCAAGUUGAGAGGGGUGAACGAAGGGCACAGAUUGUUAAUCCAAGCCCUACAAUGAAGGCACGAACGACUGAAUCGUCAAAGAAGCAGGAUAUGAAAGGCGGGUCGCCGAGUUGUAAGGUAUGCGGGAAAGGGCAUAAGGGCAAGUGUCGCUUCAAGGAUAAAACAUGCCCUAUAUGCGGGAAGAGAGGGAAUAUGGCUUCACUAUGCCCAGGAAAAGUUUCGGUUUGUUACAAAUGCUACCAACCGGGCCACAAGAAAUCCGAAUGCCCGGACUUGGCCAGAAAGAAAGAUGGCAAAGGUUCCCAAAUAGAGGCUCAAAAGGCAAAGGCCAGAUCUUUCCAACUAACCGCGGCAAAAGCAAAGAUAGAACCCGAUGUGGUCUCAGAAGUAGAGAUAGGUGAUAAUAAAAGCUUUAUUGUGUGUGACGUGUGCCAAGAUUGCAAGUUGAGUAUCGAUGAUAAAGAAUACUCAAUAGACUUGAUCCCGAUGUCAAUGGGAGAAUUUCAAGUAGUGGUCGGGAUGGAUUCGUUAUCCCGACAUCACGCGGAGGUCAUGUGCUUCCGUAAGGAGAAAAAACUAACGUCUCCGAGCGGAAAGCACGUUACCAUUUAUGGCGAGAAAGGGGGCAAUCCCGUGAUAUGUUCAAUGUUAAAAGCUCAUAAGCUUAUAUGGCGUGGAUGUAAAGCGUUUAUGAUUUAUGCAUGCGAACCGGAGAAAGAGUCGUUGAAAAUUGGAGACGUACCGGUGGUACGUGAAUAUGAAGAUGUGUUUCCGGAAGACUUACUGGGAAUACCGCCAGAACGGGAAGUAGAAUUCAGAAUCGAAUUGUUUCCGGGUGCAAAACCCGUAGCUAAGGUGCCGUAUCGGCUCGCGCCAUCGGAGCUACAAGAGUUGCUCGUCUUUGAGGUUGAAUUUGAGAAGAUGUCAAGUGAUGAAUUUAUCAUAAAGACUUCGUUGAAAAACGUAUAUGACCUUUGGCAAAUCAUGAAGCCUCAAUUUGUUAUCUAA